AUGUUACGAAAAUCUCAACGUUCAAGUAUUUCGGUCCAGAAUUUAGCACAAAAUUCUAAAUUAGAGAAAAAAUUAAGAUUUAAUGAAGAAAACAUCCAACAAACUCAUCAUCCAGUUCAAAAGGAUUAUGGAUUUAUUGCUAUUCCUGAAGCUAAAACACCAUUUCCUAGGCACGGUGAUCCCAUAGCAGCCGAAGAUUUACGUAAACGUUUACAAGAAUCACUAGAUCGUGCUAAUCGUAUGAUGCUCAAUGAUAAUACUGAUGAUGACGACGAACGCACCUUUAAUAUGGAUGAACUGCAAACACCAUUAGCUAGUUUAGAUUUCGAAGAUCAAGAACGUAGACGAACUGAAUUCUAUAAGAAACGUAAACAAUUUUAUCAAUCUGAAUACAUAAUAGCGCAACAAAAAUCAAUGAGCUCAGAAAUACCAGAACCUGGUCCGUCUGUUGGAGAGAAUUGGCGUAUUGUGAACAAUGAUGGAAACACUUCUUUGCCGUCAAAUUUCAAUUCCUUUAUAAGUAAUAAUCGUCAGUCUACGGUUAAUUAUGAAACACUGCGUGAAAUUGCCGAACAAAUGUCUAGUUCAAGUGAACAAUUUAUUUAG